UAACUCAAAAAAAUCAGAUGACGAAGUUAAAUUAUGGAGAGAAACAUUGGAUGAGGCAAGUUAUAUCAGUAUAUUAUGUAGACCAGUUGGUAAUCAAUUUGGUGUUAUAGGAAUUCAGAUCGCGGGUAUCACUAUGUAUCUAAAUAUUCUUGUGAAGGAUUUGGCUAGUAUACCAAGAUACUUUCAUCUAGAUCAUGCGGAAAUUCUAUUAUCCCUCACCA